GCCAGCUCGCUGGGCGAGCUGCCGAAAGUCCACGAUGCGCAGCUGGCUGGAGUGGGAAACAUCUGCGAGCUCGUGGUGGUUGACAACGCCGCGGUGCUGCACAGCGUGCGCACCAGAUACAAGCGGUCGGACAUCUACACCUUCGUCUCCAAGAUGCUCAUUGCGGUGAAUCCUUUCAAAGAGCUUCCAAUCUACUCCAAGGAGAACCUUCUCCGCUACCUUCCGGGAGCGUCCGACGCCAUGGACUUGCCACCCCACGUUUACGGCUUGGGCCUGCAUGCCGUGAAGGGCCAGAAGAAGGGUAAGAGCCAGGUUGUCCUCAUUAGUGGAGAGUCCGGUGCCGGAAAGACGGAGUCCGCGAAGCUCAUCAUGUCGUACAUCUCUGAGGCCCUGGGCAGCUCGCGGCACAUGCAGCGACGGGACAGCAGGCCGCGCUACUCCAUCGCCCCAGAGCCAGGCGCGGACGCAAUGAAGCGCCGGCAAAGCCGAUAUUCCGUUAUAGAUCCCAAGAUGCCAAGCAUCCAGGACAAGAUCAUCCAGACCAACCCAAUCCUGGAGGCUUUCGGCAAUGCCAUGACGGUCAGAAACAACAACUCCUCGCGCUUCGGCAAGUGGACGCAGAUGAUGAUCUCACCCAACAUGUCGAUCCAGGGCUGUUCUGUGACAGAUUAUCUCCUCGAGGUGACCCGGGUCUGCAGCCGCGGGGAGAAGGAGCGAAACUACCACAUCUUCUUCCAGUUGCUGCAAGCUCGCGACGAGGAGGACCUGAAAGCCCUUGACAUACAGCCGCCGGAGGCCUACAGCUACCUCCGCGGCUCUCAAUUCCAUGCCCCGCACAUCGACGACGCGCGCUGCUUCGCCGAAGUGAAAGAGGCCUUCCUCGCCUUGGAAUUCGCCUGGGAGGUGCAGCUUGAGAUCUUCAAGGUGGUCAUGGGUGUCCUGGCUCUUGGCAACAUCGAAUUCACACAGACGGCAGAGGAGGCAGAGGUGAAAGGUGGUGUCCCGGAAGAGGCCGCCGCUUCGAAGUCCGUUCCGCCGCUGAACCAGGCGACGGCGGUCAGGGACACCUUUGCCAGGCUGCUUUAUGGCCGCACCUUCAAGUGGCUCAUCGAGAAGAUAAAUGCCAAGCUCGCGCAGUCUGGGACCACUCCCGUCUUCUUUGGAGUCUUGGACAUCGCUGGCUUCGAGAGCUUUGAGCACAACUCUCUCGAGCAGUUGUUCAUCAACCUGAGCAAUGAGCUCCUGCAGAAGCACUUCAAUGAGUUCUUCUUUCGCAUGGAGCUCGAGGAGUAUGAGGCAGAGGGCGUCUCGGUGGGCGUGGAAGUCCAAUACCAGGACAACAGUGACAUCGUGGAAAUGAUCAACGGCAAGAAAGGCAUUCUUACAAUGCUUGAUGACGAGGUUCUGAUACCGAAAGCCACGGACCAAACCUUCGUGCAAAAGGUUGCCAAAGACCAUGGCAAUAAUCCCAGGAUGGUCAAGAGCAAGAUGGGAGGUGCCGUCAAGUUUGGCAUCAAGCACUUCGCUGGUGAGGUCACCUACGAUGUGUCUGGCUUUCUUGACAAGAACAUGGCCAAGUUGCCAGACGAGGCAGUGGAGCUGCUCCAGUCCUCUUCAUGCGGUUUGAUCAAGGAGAUCGGAGCCCGCGUGGCCGCCGAGUCCCAGGAGGCUGAAGGCAGCAGCCGCGGGAGGAAGGCGAAGCCGAAGACUGUGAGUUCUGGUUUCCGGCAGUCUCUCGCGGAUUUGAUGCAAACCGUCAGCUCGGCCGAGCCGCAUUUCAUCAGAUGUCUGAAGCCGAAUGCCGAAAAGGUGCCAGACAACUUCGACUCGAAGUUCACCUACGAGCAGAUGCUGUACAGCGGUAUCUUCGAAGCUGUCCGAAUCCGGCAGUCCGGCUUCCCCAUGCGCUUGCCCCACGGCGAAGUGCUGGAGCGGUAUCGGCUGCUCCUUCCUCGCUCCGAGUGGCCCCGGUUUAUCGGCCGACGGCAGGUCGCCGACGAAGAGAAGAUUCAGAUCAUGGUUGGCGCGCUUCGCCAACAUCUCUCUGGCCUCGAUCUUCCCGACAAGGGACUGGCCCUGGGAAACACGAAGGUUUUCGGCCAAGCACUGACCAUGAAGACCCUGGAGGAGGCGCGGCACAAAGCCGUGCAGAGUGCUUCCCAGGAUCGCGAAAAGGCGCAGGAAGAGCUGCUAAGGGCCCUUGGCAGCCGGGACAUCGACUUCCUGAUGUCCGCCAUCGUGCAAGGUGAAAUGCUCCGCCUCGAUGAGAAGCUCAUGAAACAAGCCGAGGAUGCUUUGGAACACGAGGAGAAUCGGCUUGAGGUCGUCGCGGAGCUCAGUGAGGCCAUCAGUGUCUGCGAAGUGCCACGUCUCCGCGCCAUCAUUGCUAAAGCCGAGGGUUUCGGCCUAGACCACGCCGAUGACCUUUCCCUGCUGCAGGAUGCCAUCAGCACCAUGCAGAAGGAGCUCUGGCCCCAGGCAAGGGCAGGCCUCGAACAGGCGGUCGACAAGCGUGACAUCACACUUCUGCGCGAGGCACUUGCUGAAGCUGAGACGGUGGGCCGGACACUCAGAUAG